AUGGCAAUUGUAACGUGCAAGUUAUUAUUUUCCCUUUAUUCUUUUCUCUUUCUUAUUAUUGUAUCUCUAACCAAAGCCCAGCCAAAUUUUUUGUACAACAUUUGUGUCGACAAAGGAAACUACACAACCAAUAGCACAUAUGAAAACAACCUCAACACCCUUUUGUCAAAUCUCACUUCCAACACAGAAAUCAACUACGGUUUCUACAAUUUCUCCCAUGGCCAAAAUAACGACAAAGUUAACGCAAUUGGACUCUGCAGAGGAGAUGUUAAACCAGAUGUUUGCCGCAGUUGUCUCAAUGAUUCAAGAGUUCUUCUCCCAAAGCUGUGUCCAAAUCAAAAAGAAGCUAUUGGUUGGUAUGAUAACUGCAUGUUACGCUACUCUAACCGAUCAAUAUUCGGUAUUAUGGAAGAAUCACCUGGUUUUUAUAUGUGGAACCCAUACAACGCAUCAGAGGUGGAUCAAUUUAAUCAAGUUCUCGGGAACUUGAUGACGAAAUUGAUGGAAAAAGCUGCAUCAAGUGAUUCUCGACGUAAGUUUGCCACGGAUAAUGACACUGAUGUGAAUUUUCAACCUAUAUACGGUCUUGUUCAGUGUACACCCGAUUUGUCAUUUCAAGAUUGUAGUGAUUGUUUAGAAGAUGCUAUCUCAGAAAUUCCUAAUUGUUGUAAUAAUAAGAAAGGUGGUAGAGUUAUUAAACCUAGUUGUAAUAUUAGAUUUGAAUCCUAUCUCUUCUAUGAUCCCACGCCUAUAAUAGACCCAGAGAAAAUCUCACCUCCACCACAAGGAAAAAACAAAUCAUCGCAUACUACCAUCGCCAUAGUAGUGUCUAUUGUUGUCGCUGUUGUUGUUGUUGCUCUCCUAAGUUUCAUUUGCAUAUACUCAAUGAGAAGUAAGCCAAAGAUAAAUCUUGAAGAAGUAGAACAAGAUCACGAUGAUAUUGAAAUCGAGGAGUCAUUGCAAUUCAAUUUUGACACAAUACAAGUUGCAACAAAUAACUUUUCUGAUGCUAAUAAACUCGGACAAGGCGGAUUUGGAAUUGUUUAUCAAGGGGAACUCUCUACUGGACAAGUGAUUGCGGUAAAACGGUUGUCAAAAGGUUCUGGACAAGGAGAUAGUGAAUUUAAGAAUGAAGUGCUUUUACUGGCUAAACUUCAACAUCGAAAUUUAGUUCGACUACUUGGUUUUUGUUUAGAAGGAAAAGAAAGAAUACUUAUCUACGAAUUUGUUCCUAAUAAAAGCCUCGACUACUUUUUAUUUGAUCCACUAAAGAGAUCACAAUUAGAGUGGGAAAGACGAUAUAAAAUCAUUCAAGGUAUUGUUAGAGGACUUCUUUACCUUCAUGAGGAUUCUCGACUUCGCAUUAUACAUCGUGAUCUUAAAGCAAGUAAUAUUCUCUUGGACAACAAUAUGAAUCCUAAAAUAUCAGAUUUUGGUAUGGCCCGAUUAUUACUUGUUGAUCAAACUCAAGUAAAUACGAAUAAAGUCGUUGGAACAUAUGGAUAUAUGGCUCCUGAAUAUGCAAUGUUUGGACAAUUUUCAAUAAAAUCAGAUGUUUUUAGUUUUGGUAUACUAGUUCUAGAAAUUACAAGUGGUUUGAAAGUUUGUGGCGAUCUUCAUGAGCAGAGUAUGGAAGACUUGCUUAGUUUUGUGUGGAGAAACUGGAGGGAGGGUACAAUCACAAAUAUAAUCGACCCAUCACUAAAUAAUGAUUCACGAAAUGAAAUAAUGAGAUGCAUUCACAUUGGUUUACUAUGUGUUCAAGAAAAUGAGGUUGAAAGACCAACUAUGGCAACUAUUGCACUCAUGCUUAGUAGUUAUUCAGUCUCUUUACCGCUCCCUUUGGAGCCUGUUUCUUUUAUAGGAGGCAGAACUAGAAGUAUUUCAAUUUCAGACACGCAAAUCUAG